AUGGCAAAAGAACAACCUUUCGAAGAGUUCUCCGACGAGGAGGUUGUCUCCUCCGAAGAGUCUGAGCAAUCUGAGUUCGAGGAAGAGACUCCCCGCCAGCGCAAACCGAAGCCAGUUUUCGACGAAAAGGAUUCGGACGAGGAGGAGCUCGAGCGAUUGGUCCUGGGAGGAAAAGCCGAUUUCCGCGAACAGCUUUUCCGUAACGAUGUGCUCGGCGAUAUCGAACGAUUGGAGAAGGAGCGAAACCAACAGCUUGUCCAGCAGGACGAGCCCACACUAGAGGACGUUGCCGAUCAUGACCUCUUCUUUCUCGACACCGGAGUCCCUUCGGCGAAGGGCUCACAAGCUGGAAAGGGUGCAAAGCAGGAGCCCACCGCAGCUGCCGCAGAUGCGCCGGCAUGGGAAGACAGCGACGACGAGCGAUUGACUGUUUCCUUGGCGAACACCACUAGGUUAAGGAAGCUGAGAAUCAGCGAGAGCGAGGAUGUGGUUAGCGGUGCCGACUACAGCAGACGACUGCGCCAGCAAUAUCUCCGACUGAAUCCCCUGCCGAAGUGGGCACAAGAACCCGAAGGACGGCCCGCGAAGAGGAGGAGACGGUCAUCAGCCGCCGCCUCCGACUCCUCCAUCAGCUCCGACGAGGAGGGCAGUGACACUGAGUUGUCGGCCGCCCCUCUCGAGAAGUUCCUCCGUGACGUUCACCGUCUUGCUGGCAGGGACUCGACGGGCAAGACUCGCCUCAGACCAGAGACCAUCGAUAUCCAGCGCACGCGCGAAAUCCCCGACACCCACAAGGCCGCCGUCAACAACCUGUCCUUCCACCCGAAAUACCCCGUCCUUCUUUCCUCGAGCGUUUCGUCGGUUCUGUACCUGCACCACCUCAACCCGACCGCUCACCCGACGCCGAACCCGAUGCUCACCUCUGUCCAGGCUAAGGGUGUCGACGUCCGUCGUGCCGAGUUCCUGUACCCCACAGGCGACCAGGUCUUCUUCGCCGGCCGCCGCAAGUUCUUCCACAGCUGGGACCUUGAGUCCGGCAAUGUGCAGAAGACGUCACAAAUCCAGGGCCACAGGCUUGAGCACAAGACCAUGGAGCACUUCAAGCUCAGUCCUUGUGGGCGUUACAUGGGACUCGUUGCCUCGACACGCAAGGGUGGUGGUAUCGUCAACAUCAUCAGCACGGAGUCGCGGCAGUGGAUCGCCGCUGCACGCCUCGACAGCCGUCAUGGUAUCGCUGAUUUUGCGUGGUGGAGCAACGGCGAGGGUCUUGCGAUACUCGGCAAGGACGGCUCCGUCGGUGAGUACAGCAUGGCUGAGCGCAAGUUCAUUGCCGUGUGGCACGAUGAGGGCUGCGUGGGCGGCAUCGUCAUCUCGCUGGGCGGUCACCAGGGCCCUGAGCUGUUGGGCGAAGACCGGUGGGUUGCUAUUGGCUCCAACAGUGGUAUCACCAACAUCUACGACCGCGAGGCGCUGGUUACGAGAUCUAAGACGGGUGAGGUCAGCAUUGAGGAGCGACCCGAACCGGCGCGCCGUUUCGAACAACUCGUUACGCCCAUCACGGUUUUGACCUUCUCUCCGGACGGCCAGCUGAUGGCGUUUGGAAGCAAGGACAAGAAGGAUGCGUUGCGUCUAGUUCACCUGCCGAGCUGCACUGUCUACAGGAACUGGCCGACGGCGCAGACGCCGCUGGGUAGAAUUACAUGCGUCGCAUUCGGCAAGGAGAGCGACCUGCUUGCUGUUGGUAAUGACACGGGCAAAAUCAGAAUGUGGGAGAUACGGAGCUGA